UCGGGAGCUGCUUGGCGCUGCUGGAGUACAGCAGGCAGAGUUCUUUCAGCAUUAGAGCUUUGUGACGGGUAGAAAGUGCCUUUUUAUUUCUCCAAACCUGUUCCCUAGUAGACCUUCAAAAUGAUUGGCGUGAAUAGUGUUCAGAGUGCCAGCAAGGUACGGGUGAGGACCUCGGGUUCUGUGAAGUACUCCCGAGAGGAUUCUAUCCGGCGGCAGUCCCACCGGUCAAAGUCCAUGAAAAUUUCCAACUCCUCAGAGUUUUCUGCUAAGGAGACCAAGGCGCUGUAUAACUCAAUCAAGAACGAGAAGCUCGAGUGGGCAGUAGACGAUGAAGAGAAGAAAAAGCCUCCCUCAGAAGGUACUGAUGAGAAGGCCAAUGGAACACACCCAAAGACCAUCAGUCGUAUUGGGAGCACAACUAACCCGUUUUUGGACAUUCCUCAUGACCCAAAUGCUGCUGUAUAUAAAAGUGGAUUUUUGGCUCGCAAAAUCCAUGCAGAUAUGGACGGAAAGAAGACUCCAAGAGGAAAGCGAGGAUGGAAAACCUUCUACGCUGUCCUGAAGGGAACAGUUCUUUACUUACAAAAGGAUGAAUACAAGCCAGAGAAGGCUUUGUCUGAAGAGGACUUGAAAAACGCAGUGAGUGUGCACCAUGCUUUAGCGUCCAAGGCCACGGACUACGAGAAGAAACCAAACGUGUUUAAACUCAAGACUGCAGACUGGAGGGUCUUGCUUUUCCAAACCCAGAGUCCUGAGGAAAUGCAAGGGUGGAUAAGCAAAAUUAACUGUGUGGCGGCCGUCUUUUCUGCACCACCAUUCCCAGCAGCCAUUGGCUCUCAGAAGAAGUUUAGCCGCCCACUUCUGCCAGCCACCACAACAAAGUUGUCCCAGGAGGAACAGCUGAAAUCCCAUGAAAGCAAGCUGAAGCAGAUCACCGCUGAGCUGGCCGAGCAUCGCUCCUAUCCCCCAGACAAGAAGGUGAAAGCCAAGGAUGUCGAUGAGUACAAGCUCAAAGAUCACUAUCUGGAGUUUGAGAAAACCCGUUAUGAAAUCUACGUCAGCAUUCUGAAAGAAGGAGGCAAGGAGCUCCUGAGCACUGAGGGAAACGAGGCAGUGGGACUGAAGAAAUCGCACUCAAGCCCCUCCCUGAACCCAGAUGCGUCUCCAGUCACUGCCAAGGUCAAGCGCAACGUGUCAGAGAGAAAGGACCACCGACCUGAAACACCCGGCAUUAAGCAAAAAGUUACUUAGAAUCCAUCCGUGGCCAGGGAGUACUGGUCAUGGAGCAAAAUAGGGUUUUUCAAGAUCUUUCUGGUAAUCCGUGAAUAUAUUUAAAAAAUAGUCUGUGACUAAAUGGUGCAUUAGUAAGCUUUUACAUUGUAUAUUUUUGUUAGUUUUUGUACAGGUGUCUUUGCUCUUGAGUUCCUUGCUUUUGAUGAUUUGGGCAACUUUAUAACUAAUGCACCUUUUGUGAGGGGCAGAGGAUUACAGAUCCUUUCUCCUUCAGCUCUCUCUUAUUUGCACUUCUGCACAGUUAUUUUAUGUAUUCCGAUCAACUGUUGUACUUUUUAUUUUAUUUUAUU